UAGGAAUUUUUGUUCUUAUUUUUAUGAGCCAGUUCCGAUUAUACAGGUGGAACUAAGGGGUCCUAAAACCCAAUCAACCCUACGCAACGCAGGAGGCCAGGGUUAGGGUUUAAGGGUGACACUGCUAGACAGUUCCGCCUUCGUAGCACUGCGUUGCAGGAUCAUCUGCCACCGUUUCGUCCAGGCAUCUACCCAGAUUGUUGAGAGGCGUUUAGUUGUCGAGUUGCUCUGGUAUGAGGGUUUAGGCGAAGUUUGCGAGAACGGGAGUGCGGGUAGUCAUCGUGGGAGACUGAUGGCUGCAAAUUUCCAAGGGCGAAUCCUGUAGCUGUGUAGAGGUUUUGGGUUUUUGUCAGGUGAAUCGAAAUGGCGCUGCGUUUGUGGAGCAAGCGCGCCACUGGGUUGACGCAUUUGGCUCCAGCUUGCCAAUUCCUUUGCAACAACCUGUCAACGGUGAAGGCAUCGUUCGAGGCACAUGAUUCUGCUACAUUUCACGAGGCUGAUUCCACGUCGGAAAGGAAGAAGGAGAGGUUGUCGCGAAAGGAACGGACUGCUUUGGUUGAAUCAUUUGUUAUAAAGCACAUGCAAGCUCACGAAGGAGAGUUUCCAAGCGUAAGUGUUGUGCUCAAAGAAACGGGGGGAGGCAGGAGUGCGGUGAAGGAGAUUCUUCACGAUGUGCAAAGCCGAUUUACACAGUUAAGCAAACAGACAUCCUCGAUUGUUUCUAACUCAAGAAUAGCCACAGAUGGUAUUCCAGAGGAGGACGGUGUAGAUAGCUCUGCAUCUGGCCUAGGUGUUGUGGGGGAUCCGCUCAGUGAAAUGUCCACUGAUGCUGAGACCUCAGGAACAUCGAGUGAUGAUAGCGAAGAUAGCGAUGAUGCAGAGGGAAGUAUCGAAGAAUUCGAUCCUGAAGACGUUGGUAACGGAGCAAUCAUAGAAGAAUUGGAAGGAAUUCCAGAGGCUGAGGGGAAGAGUGUCACAUUCACCAAUGGGCAAAUGAUUGGGUCUAGCCAUGGAGAGAUAGAGACUCAUAGUGGACUAUGGUCACGCCUCCGAAAGUUAGGAGCAUCGCAGGGUUCUAAACCGCGACAGUCCUCCCAACAAUCGCCAUCAGAUGGUGACCAUCUCAGGCAGGACGUAGAUCAAAACAAUUCGACGAAGGAAAAUAGAGCACCUUCCGGAUCCGUCGCACUUAGCUUUAGUGAUGUGACGGACCUUAACAUCAAGAAUUCUGCUCAGAAGGUAGGUUCAAAUGGACGUGACGAACAAGAGGACAGACAUGGUCUCUUUUUACGGUACUUGUCGCCUCAGGCUACUCCUGCAGAUUUGAAGGAAGCAUUUAGUGAUUGCGGCGAAAUAAUCAGGGCUCAAGCUAUCAAGCCAAGGACACAUCAGAAAUAUACAUACGGUUUUGUGGACUUCAAGACUGCGGAGGCUCUUCAGAAGGCACUAGAAAAGGACAAGGUCUACAUUAAAGGAGUACGCAUCCGCAAAGAACCAAGUUCAAGCACUCCAAAGAUCCCAGACAGAAAUGGGAACGUGAAUCCUUUGACAGUAGAUUUUGCACAAUCGCGAGUUUCAGAUAAUAGUCCGGGUAGUUUCCUUGGUCCAUCAAAAUCUAAAGGUAUCAGACGGACAGGGUAUUCAGUUGCUGUAGAGGAUGUACCUUUACACAUACCUUUAACAGAAGUUAAGGAAGCCUUGUCGAAGUAUGGUGAAAUUGCACACUCAAGUAGGAAGGAGGGGCAUGGAGGUUAUAUUGCCAAUGUAGAGUUCAAGGGAGAGGAUGCGCGGAAGAAAGCUUUAUCAGCCAAGUCUGUGCAACUAAACGGAAUGCACUACUCAAUCUUGAGAGUGGAUCCCAUAAAGACCUCUGUAGUCCGCCUGAACAAUGCUGGCUUUGUAGACAAUACAGAACAGAUUCAAGCAACAUGUGAGCUCCAUGGGCGGGUUGACAAAGUUAUCUCACGAUGCGAUGGUAUAGUUGAUGUGUAUUUCCAUCCAUCAGAAUUGGAAAACAUGCCCAGAAUCUUGAGCAGACUCAACGAGGUUAAGGUUGAAGGUCAAGUCUGGCAAGCUCAGCCCUCCUCUUGCAUGGAUCCAAGUUCUUAUUUAUCUUUGAUGCGAACAAGGGGUGGACAAGAGUGGCUACAACAAGAAAGUGAGCGCAUGCUUGGUAGAAUUGAAAGUGCACUCAAACAUCUAGUAGUUGAGGUGGAAGAUCUGCAACGGGUAGUUAAGAUGAAGACAGAAUACGUAGCCUCGUAGAGAAGUAGGACCAGUUUGUUUUGCUCAAGAUCACGAAUAUUGUUGUCCCCCUGAAGUUCACACAUCUCGCAUCAUAGUUUCAGCUGUUUAGCUUCUGGUUGUACCUUCUGAAAGCAGGAGGUAGUUUUGAAAGAAACAGCAGGGAAUCUAGACAGAUUUCAGGUCGGACCCAUUUAUGACAGAUUCUUACGACAAUUUUCCGAAGUUCUAGUUCACAACUACAAGCAGCUGAGUGGGAUUGGAAUUCACUGAGUAGAAAAGAAAAAAAAACAUAUUUUGUCGUAAUUCUUCAUCAGCAUCAGAUGUGAUAACGGCAGAGCAUCCGAAGAUUGACCCAUAGUGGACUCGAGAGGGAAAAGUUGUUUUCCCGGGAGGGUUUAGCACCACUUUCAAGGGUACGUUUGAACACAGAUAUUUAUUACAUGGAGACAUGUCAGCACCGAUGUCUUUUACGCACUUUCCAUCAACUUUAAUCCAAGUUUUUCAGCUUGUCUUUGAAUC